AUGAAAGACCAGACUGUUAGUGUCACCUUUAUUGCAGCUAGAUCCCGAGUUGCACCAAAGAAACAACAAACUAUCCCACGCUUAGAAUUGUCAGCAGCACUGACUGGUGCACAACUAGCUGAUGUUCUAUUGAGUGAGUUGACGCUACCUGUCGAGAAAGUAAUGUUGUGGAGUGAUUCCACAACUGUGCUGGCAUGGAUUCAUUCUGAGCCAUGUCGAUAUAAAGUAUUUGUGGGUACGAGGGUAGCUGAAGUUCAAACUCUUACUAAAGUGGAGAACUGGCUGUAUGUGAACACAAAAGACAAUCCUGCUGAUUGCAUUACACGAGGACUUUCCAUACAAGAACUCAUUCAAGACUCAAAGUGGUCUUGUGGUCCUGCUUUCUUGUACGAGCCACCUGAGAAAUGGACAAGCCCCGUAGUCAAACCUGUGUUGACAGACAACAGUGAAGUUAAGAACUCCUUCUGCGGAGCUAUAUUCACUAAAGUCUCCAAGCCAUUGUUUGACGACAAACAGUAUGACAGUUGGAAUGAUCUGGUCGUCAUGUCAAUUGCCAAGCUAUAUGGGGCGGCCGAUUCAAAAAGAAUUUCCGACACUGUGGAUCAAAUUGAGAAUGUGGAGAAUAAAGUCUACCGACAAAUUCAGAAGGAUUCUUUCCCAGGGGAGAUAUCGAACCUUGCCAGUGGGAAGGAGAUUCAGCCAAGUAGCCGAUUACUCCCCCUUAGUCCUGUGUAUGACAGUGAAUGUGGUCUCAUUCGAAUAGGUGGACGGUUAACAAAUGCGGAUUGUCUUUUAGAUUCUGUUAAACAUCCCAUCAUCUUAGAUCCACACCACAACCUCACCAAGUUACUCAUCCAGAAGUAUGAUGAGGAUCUUAAGCACCCUGGACCAGAGAGAGUGUUGGCUGAGAUGAGACGGACAUUCUGGAUUUUACGAGGCAGAGAAGCAAUCAAAAAGCACCAACAUAACUGUACAGAAUGCCAACGAUGGCGCGGUAAACCUGUUGUUCCCAAAAUGAACGACCUUCCUAAAGCCAGGCUUCGACUCUACAUACCUGUGUUUUAUUCCACCGGAAUAGACUGUUUCGGACUGAUGUCUGUCAAGAUUGGCAGACGUGUUGAGAAGCGGUUGGGAGUUCUUUUCAUUUAG